AUGCGAUGCAGGGCUGCAGUAAGGCCAUUGCGAAUACUGCUAUCUGGGAGAAACGCCGGAUGGAGGCCAUCGCCCGUCUUCUCUCCUGUGCCGCACCGGCAGUUCCACGAUGAUAUCACCGAAGCAGACUCCUUGAAGACGAGACAAUGCCCUCCACCUCCAAGACCCCGAGAGGUAGAACCGGAGCCUACUCUGCCAGAGGAGGAGAUGCUGGGUCAAGGAAAUGUGCUUGAUGAACUUGGCUUGGGAACAGUUCCCAGGACUGCCAGCCAUGGCACCGGAACGGAAAUCGACAAGAUGGGCCGGCUUCAAAUAACACAUCCCGCACUAAGUCGACGGCCGCAUAAGACGGCCCUUCUGCUAUCGAGGGCACCAACUUCGCUCACGGAGCGAGACUUUCUACGGAUUCUAGCUCCAGGGAAACAUCUUGAGGGAUGGAAGAGCCAGGGAGGUCUUGAAGAAGUCAUUCCUAUUCGCAAUCUCAAGACGCUGGAUCGAACGGACGGCUGGCUGUUAUUGUUCACGAAUCCCGCGUCGGCGGCAGCGUACCAGGCCGCGGUUCACAGGCUACGCGAGCUACUCCGAAACAACACUCCCUUCUAUCCGGCUUCAGACCUUGUCUUGCCUUCGAACUACUCUGUCCGUGGCUCGUUGGGAUUCAACUUGCAAGAUUACACACUCACUACACCAUGGCAAUUCCCCCUACUUACUGCCGACCACUUCCCGUUUGGUGAAUGGGUAAAUUCCUGCAUAAAGGUCCAUAGGGCUGUAACCGGUACUGGAAAACGAGAUGACCAUCAGCAUACCAUGUCCUCGCCCUCGCCAUCUGUACCCGGAUACCCAGUACGGGUCUGCAUAUCUCGUCAUAUAUUCCUCGGUCUAACCAAACAGGCCAUUAGAAACUUCUUGAUCUGGGACGGGGAAGUUCGAUCGAUACAUUGGGAUCUUAUCGAAGGCAUGGACAGUAUCGUCUCCCUCGAUGAUGAUCAGGGGGCCGAUGACGGCCUUGUCCGCGAAAGACGCCCCUCGAAGCCGAAGUUUGGCGAAUACGAUGUUAGCAAUUGGAGGAUACUCUUUGAAUCUGCCUCUGAGGCAAGGAGGUUCGUAAGGGCAUGGAACAUGAAGGAUUACCCACAGUCUCCAGACGCUCCGUAUUGUGACCCGCCGGCACGGAUCAAAGCUGAAGCUCUCUUCUGGGAUGAUGGCUUUUGA